CAGGUAUAUACAAUUGAAGUGUUUUGUUCUAUUUACCUGUGUUAAAUUGCUUUGCAUACAAGUGUAGUAACAAAGUUUCAGAAGGAUGGUAGAUGCAGCGACAAAGAAGACGUUAUCAAAUAUUCCACUUCUUACAAUAAAAUGUGGACCACGUGAUAAAGAGGAAUGGGUUAAGCGACUCAAAGAAGAAUAUCUUUCAUUAAUAACAUACGUAAAAAAUAACAAAGAAAAUGACAACGAUUGGUUUCGACUUGAAUCGAAUAAGGAUGGUACAAAGUGGUUUGGGAAAUGUUGGUUUAUCAAAGAUUUAAAAAAAUAUGAAUUUGAAAUUGAAUUUGAUAUCCCUAUUACCUACCCAACCACUGCACCUGAAAUUGCAUUACCUCAACUUGAUGGAAAAACGGCGAAAAUGUACAGGGGUGGAAAAAUAUGUUUAACUGACCAUUUCAAACCACUGUGGGCAAGAAAUGUGCCAAAAUUUGGAAUCGCACACGCCAUGGCUUUAGGGCUUGGACCUUGGCUUGCCGUGGAAAUCCCUGAUCUUAUUGAUAAAGGAUUGGUGAAGCACAGUGAUGAAAAAUGAACUGGCUUUAUAUUAAAUUUAGAAAUUGUUUUUAUGAUUACUUUUGAGAUGUUUUCUGGAUAUUUAUAAUGCUGUUUGUAAAGGUUGUUUCAUGGAUUAUUUGAGGGGGUUAAUGUGUUUUUGGUGAAAUUAUGUUAAAAUAGGAAAAUAAUUCACUAUUUUAUAGUCCUUCCAUAUUUUAACUCAUGCUAUUGUUCGCCCAUUUAUGCACAAGAUGGCUUGUUUUAGUGUGAAAGUGCAAUAAAGUAAAACCAACAAAAAGUCUUGAAGUUUAUUGUGAUAUUUGAGAACAGAAAUAUGGUGUACCCAAUUUUAUAUUCGAUUAUUUUCAAUAAAGUUUGUCAACCAA